AUGGUCGUGGCCAACUUCUCCACUUUUCUGGGAGCUCAGAACGGUCCAAAGUCGCUGUCCAUCAAGCUUCGCGGUUGGGGGAGCAAGAUCAGGGCGUUAUGUCUGCUCGUCGCCAUCGUUUGGUUGACGCGCGUGGUGCUAUACUUUGAGCCGACGCUCUCGCCUAUGUUUGGCAUGCGCGUCCGAGCGCUCGAUGCGGCCGCGCACGACAUCUGGACCGACUAUAUCGCCACACAUCCCGUCGAGAUCGACGACAGGUACGGUCUGCGCGAGAUGGGUUUUCGCGCUCAUGCCUACGCCGAAUUCGCGAGGACCGGUCAGAUCGGAAGACUCGAGCGCAUCGAGGAACACCUCUGGUCUUAUGCGCCAGCAGUCGCAGAGAUCCGUCGCACCGCGCUGCGAAUCCGUCCGAAGGCAGCUGAACCUGUCGAGGAUCUGGUACAGGCUAGAGUCAGCGCACAGCUCAAGAAGUCAGGUAGACUAUCUGCAAACCAGACGGCGGCUCUGCUCACAGCCGCCGAACUCGAGGAGGCGGCUCAGGGUGGAAAGUCGAGAGGCAUCGUGAUGGUCGUAUCACGCUACACUGCAUUGGCUGCGCUGCAGACCAUCACGGUGCUUCGUCAGCUGCAUGGCUGCCUCCUUCCGAUCGAAAUCUACUACCACACCGAGGACGAGCUGCCCAAUGGCCUGGUGGACAUGUUCAAGACACUCGGCCGCGUGUCGGCGUUCAACAUCGACACGCUGCCCUACUUCAACAGCGAUCUCGAAGACGAUGCCGGCCGCUACCCUGGCCUCAAGGUGACGUGGGAGCGCCAGUCGCUAGCUCUGCUGGCAUCGUCGUUCCAGGAGAUCCUCAUUGUGGAUCCCGAGGUGGUCUUCCUGCAGAACCCAUCCCUGCUGUUCUCGCAUCCUACCUUCGCAAGUACCGGAACGCUCUUCUUCCGGGCCAAAGCGAAGCCGGUGGAUCGCGCAUCGCAGUACCUCGUCUCGUUCCUCAAGCGUCAGAUCGACCAAGGCUCGCCAUCGCAGCAGCUUGCGGAGAGUGCAUUCUUCUCGCACGGCAUCGGUGCGCGCAUGGACAUGGACGUGGUGGUGCUCGACAAGUCGAGACCCGGAGUGCUGUCGGCGCUGCUGAUGAACGCAUGGAUGCGCAGGAAGAUGGCGCGCGCACUCUUCUGGGGCUCGUACGUCGACAUGAUGCGCGAGGCGCUUUGGCUGGCGUUUGAACUCUCGGACAUUGAAUACGCCUUCGAAAACACCUGGCCGGGAGCGAUCGGACGCUUCGAUGGAGAAUGGGACGACCACUCGCCGCAGCUUUGCUCGCCGAGGACGCUCCAGUUCCUCUCGCCCCAGGCGGCCCAUCAAAAGCUCUCGCGCAAGUACUUUUCACUUUUCCAGUCGCACGACUCGAGGUCGAGGAAGAGUGUCGCUUCCAAGCACAAGGACAACGCGGCGGGCGAGAAGCCGUUCUGGUUCCACGGCGGCUUCCUUGUCCCCCGACAGACGGGCGAGAUCUACUACAGCCCCAACGUCUACGCGCGAAACGCACCGCCGUAUACCACUGUGGACGAGGACAACAGCGACUCCGACAGCUGCCUAUACGGCGCCACUCUCAACAGGCUCAAAGGCACCAUCGUACCCUCGACGCUGCAGAAGGCCAUCGAGAUCGCCCACGAGGCGUUCAUCACCUACCGCCCCACGCUCAUGCACUAUGCGCCCCUUCCGGCGCCCAUCAAGUCGAAGCCAUAA